CAGCCUUGUUUGUUGCCGGGCUUAUUCAGCUGCCGGCGCAGCGGGUGCCGGGGCAGGUGCUGAUGAGGCGGUUAAUCCACCAGAGCAUGAGAUCUUGGCUGCGGAGGCGCCCGGCCGUGCGCACAGCUUUGAGAGCGUCGAGUCAUCGAUCGUUGCGCCGCUGAAAUCGGCCUUGGCGAUGCUCUUGAUCUGCACCCACCCAUCGCACAGUCAAUAAAGGACGAGUGCGAGAUGACCCCCAUGAUACAUACGUCAUGAAAUGAAUGAGUGUGCGGACGGACCUUAUCGACGUUCUUCGCGUUGGUGAAGUCGGCGUUAUUCAACGCGGUGCCGGUGAAGUCGACGUUGGUGAGGUCGGCACCCGGCCACUUGGACUUCUCAAGAAACGCACCCUCGAAGUUCGAUCCCUUCAGCUUCGCGUCAGUGAACCUGACACACAUCACACCAAGCAGGCACACAUCAAGCAGACAUGGACAUGGUCAGUCAGUCAGUCAGUGUCUGGGUCUGUCGGGGCGUUGGUCGGCUUACAGAUUGCUGGGUGCCCACAUAUACGAGAAGUCGGCGUUUUCUGCCUUGAUGCCGCCCCAGUCCAGCCGCUUGUCGCCCGAGCUGCCCAGCUUCUUACCGUCAAGACUCGACUUGCCUGCACAGCACACACACACACACAAACAGACGAAAGCAUGAUUGAUUGUGGGUUGGUUGAGUUUGCAACCCCUCUCUCGCCGUGGACGCACGCACCGUCAUAAGCCUUCCAUGAGGGGUACUCGGUUUUGUCCCUCAGAAUGCCCAUGUACUCAGUGCCGAGGAUCUUGGGCUUCCUGUAGCCCUUCUCAGGCUGACACCACACACCAUUCACACAAACACAACACAGGCAGACAGAUAGACACGGAGAGUUAGUGUUGGGCGAUGAUUGAUUCAUUGGUUCAUGGAUCGAUUGCCAGGCUGGCUCACCGUGGCGGCAGAUGCGUGGGCAACGGAGUCGGUGAGGGCGGUGUGGUCGAUGACGGGGGAAAGCGCCACAGACGCACCCAGAAGGAAUGGCAACGCGCUCAGCAGCUGUCAAACGAACAUCACAGCAACCAUUGCACAAAUCAUCACAACAAUGAUUGAUCUGUCAUCGUGUUGGCUUUUCCCGUCCCUCGCUCACUUUGCGUUCAACCCCCCUCUCCGAUGAGUCGGCCAUCCUCAGCGCUGUCUUGUGCUGGUGCCUUGCAGGCGAUGACAGCGGCCGGACGGCGCUGUACCGAAACGCAUUGGUGGUGCCGACCAACAGAGCCGCGACGGCGAUGCAAAAUCCACGAGAAGCCAUCCCUUCGACACCAGAUCUGAC